AUGGAAUACAUAAUAUCACUUGAUCCAGACGAUUCAUCUCAUGGAAACAAUGCUUAUGUUGGUAAAUUAAGGUCAGAUUUUCUUGGCACAAAGUUCACAAUAUAUGACAGCCAACCACCAUAUAAUGGUGCAAAACACUUAAGUAGCAAAUCUAUGAGGCGAAUUGCAAGCAAACAAAUAAGCCCACAAGUUUCAUCAAGCAACUUUGAAAUUGGAGAAACUUCAUACAAAUUCAAUCUUUUGAAAUCAAGGGGUCCAAGAAGAAUGGUGUGUUCUCUAACAUCCACAUCCACAUCACCAGAUCAACUCUGGUUAAACUCAAACCCUUUUGAGAAACAAAGCUCCAAGGUGGCAUGA